UUUUUUCAAUAUUUUCAAGGGGGAGGAGAUUUUCCACAAGAAAAGGUUGUUUUCAUGUUUGGGAUUCAGGAAAGCAUCCAACGGAGUGGAAGCAGCAUGAAGGAAGAGCCGCUGGGCAGCGGCAUGAACGCGGUGCGGACGUGGAUGCAGGGCGCCGGGGUGCUGGACGCCAACACGGCGGCGCAGAGCGGGGUGGGUCUGGCCCGGGCUCACUUUGAGAAGCAGCCGCCUUCCAAUCUGCGGAAAUCCAACUUCUUCCACUUCGUCCUGGCCCUCUACGACAGACAGGGCCAGCCCGUGGAGAUCGAGAGGACAGCCUUUGUGGGGUUCGUGGAGAAGGAAAAAGAAGCCAACAGCGAAAAGACCAAUAACGGGAUUCACUACCGGCUCCAGCUCCUCUACAGCAAUGGGAUAAGGACGGAGCAAGAUUUCUACGUGCGCCUCAUUGACUCCAUGACAAAACAAGCCAUAGUGUAUGAAGGCCAAGACAAGAACCCAGAAAUGUGCCGAGUCUUGCUCACACACGAGAUCAUGUGCAGCCGCUGUUGUGACAAGAAGAGCUGUGGCAACCGAAAUGAGACUCCCUCAGAUCCAGUGAUAAUUGACAGGUUCUUCUUGAAAUUUUUCCUCAAAUGUAACCAAAAUUGCCUAAAGAAUGCAGGAAACCCACGUGACAUGCGGAGAUUCCAGGUCGUGGUGUCUACGACAGUCAAUGUGGAUGGCCAUGUCCUGGCAGUCUCUGAUAAUAUGUUUGUCCAUAAUAACUCUAAGCAUGGGCGGAGGGCUCGGAGGCUUGACCCCUCGGAAGGUACGCCCUCUUAUCUGGAACAUGCUACUCCCUGUAUCAAAGCCAUCAGCCCGAGUGAAGGAUGGACGACGGGAGGCGCGACUGUGAUCAUCAUAGGGGACAAUUUCUUUGAUGGGUUACAGGUCAUAUUCGGUACCAUGCUGGUCUGGAGUGAGCUGAUUACUCCUCAUGCCAUCCGUGUGCAGACCCCUCCUCGGCACAUCCCUGGUGUUGUAGAAGUCACAUUGUCCUACAAAUCGAAACAGUUCUGCAAAGGGACACCGGGAAGAUUCAUUUACACAGCGCUCAACGAACCCACCAUCGAUUAUGGUUUCCAGAGGUUACAGAAGGUCAUUCCUCGGCACCCUGGCGACCCUGAGCGUUUGCCAAAGGAAGUCAUCCUCAAAAGGGCCGCGGAUCUGGUGGAGGCACUGUAUGGGAUGCCACACAACAACCAGGAAAUUAUUCUGAAGAGAGCAGCGGACAUUGCGGAGGCCCUGUACAGCGUCCCCCGCAACCACAGCCAGCUCCCCGCCCUCACUAACACCUCGGUCCACGCGGGCAUGAUGGGCGUGAACUCCUUCAGCGGACAGCUGGCUGUGAACGUCUCCGAGGCGUCGCAGGCCACCAAUCAGGGUUUCACCCGCAACUCAAGCAGCGUGUCACCACACGGGUACGUGCCGAGCACCACCCCGCAGCAGACCAACUAUAACUCCGUCAGCACAAGCAUGAACGGAUACGGCACGGCUGCCAUGUCCAAUUUGGGCGGCUCCCCAACUUUCCUCAAUGGCUCAGCUGCCAACUCGCCCUAUGCCAUUGUGCCAUCCAGCCCCACCAUGGCCUCCUCCACAAGCCUCCCCUCCAACUGCAGCAGCUCCUCGGGCAUCUUCUCCUUCUCACCAGCCAACAUGGUCUCAGCUGUGAAACAGAAGAGUGCUUUUGCGCCAGUUGUCAGACCCCAGACCUCCCCGCCUCCCACCUGCACCAGCACCAAUGGGAACAGCCUGCAAGCGAUAUCUGGCAUGAUUGUUCCUCCCAUGUGAAAGAAUUGCCUUGAAGAAUUUUAUUAAUGAAGAGGUUGGAUUCUGCUACAGAGAGUAAUCUGAUACAAGUCCCCGAGUGGAACUUUUAACUCAGGCCUUUUUAAGAGGAAUCACGAUAACUGCAGAUUUUUAAACAAACAAUAUCACCGACCUUGCAAAUACUGAAAUUGGAAGGGAUCUGCAAGUGCAGAGUGUUGGUUAAAAGUUGUACCUCCCAAGUAUUUGGGGGAUAUAUUUAUUCUGUGUUGAUAAAAGCAAAUCCACUUUUUCUUUUUCUUUCUUUUUUUUUUUUUAAGCUUAACUCUGCAAUCAUUUGUCUUUUAUAAACCGUAAAGCUGUAUACAAGGGACACUAUAAAUAAGACUCCAUGUUUUAAUUUAUGAUGUUUUUAAAGCUGUGUAAAGGGAGAAUGAAGUGGUGAUAUUUACAAAAAAGU